AUGAAAAAUUGUUUCAGGUAUCAAAUGUACAUAACGAAACGAAUUGCCUGGGCAAGCAUAUUGACUGUGUGGCUGCUCGCCAUACUCAUAUCUUUCCUACCCAUUAGUCUUGGACUGCACAGGCCAAAUGAACCACCGGUGGUUCGAGCUGUCGGUGAUAAGUCGUAUCCAACGUGCGCCCUGGACCUUACGCCCACCUACGCAAUAGUCUCGUCGUGCAUAUCGUUCUACGUGCCGUGUAUCGUCAUGAUCAGCAUCUACUGCAGGCUCUACUGUUACGCGCAAAAGCACGUAAAGAGCAUCAAAGCGACGACGAAAUUGUCGGAGCCGUCGUCGCUGACGAGGAGCUUCCGUUCGAAGAGCAAGCGACAGAAGCAGCCGAAGCCGCAGACAAAGGCCAAGCCGACCAGUCCGUACCACGUGUCGGACCACAAGGCGGCCAUAACCGUGGGGGUCAUCAUGGGGGUCUUCCUCAUAUGUUGGGUGCCCUUCUUCUGCGUCAACAUCGUCGCCGCCUUCUGCAAGACGUGCAUACCCGAUCUUGCUUUUCAG